AUGUCUUCCAUGCCCCUAGUCUUUACCUCUGAUGAGAAAGUCAUAAGCACGACGGAUUGGUAUUCGAGUUUGACGGACGACAUCUCCAAGUACGAGAACUGCUUUGUCAGACGCAUCACCCACGUCAAGAAUCUACGGUCUAGUGUGCUUCAUGAGUAUCUCCAGAUCAUCUUUGAGGACACCACCGGCAAGCAGAACCGUACUCGCGUCUUGGCCGAGCGUCAGACGGCGCAAGACCAGGUCAUUAUUGGGCGCUGGUCCUAUGGUCUGAACCCAUCGGCUAACAGAUCGUCAAGCUCUGGUAGCUCCGGUUCUUGGGGUCGCGGCCUUGAGUUUUUCCAAGGUUCCUCUUCAUCGUCCUCGUCUUCACCUGGAGGUAAUCUUCCCCUCCCACUACUGUCGUUAACCUUCAAAGAAGACAAACUUGGGGUGAUGCAGCUGGCCGCUAUCCUCCAGAAGAUCACAGUCAAGCUCGGAAAGUACAACUUUCUUCUGAGGAACUGUUACGUCUUCGCCUCCAUGGUAUACGAUCUCGCGAUGGUUAAGCACACUGGCAGCUCGCAAAGCUGGCCAUACGCCUUCACAAAGGGUAGGUUGGCCCUCUGGGCCAAGAUACACACCGGUUCAGGCAAAUCGGCGGGUGACUUCGAAUCACUAAAUAAAUCCGAAUGGCAAUACGCCCCGGCCAACAAGUUUGAGGAGUCGCUCGGAAACUUCUGGAGCUCGGCGGUUGAUCUUCUCCGUCAGGAGGGAAUCGACUUAACCAACGAGGAGGCCCAGAAACUUAGUACUUCGUGCAAGAUGUACGACCUUUCCGACGAUGCCACCGCAGCAGCCCUGAAGGAUGUAGAUAAGAAGGAGCUAGAUGAGCUGUAUCGAGACACAGUCGACAAAGUCCUCGCGCAACCUGGCGUAGACGAUUAUCUCGCGACUUAUCAGCGUUAUGCAGACAGAAUCCCGGAGCCCACAGCGAAUCAAAACCGCCCCGAGAACCUUCCUGGCAUUGAAAUCUACAAAGUUUCGGACGAUCUCGAGCAGAAGAAUGAAAUGGUAAUUAAAAUUCUCGUGGGUGAAGUCCUCCAAGACCUUGAGAAGAAUUGA